AUGCAGACAUAUCRUCUUUUCCAGCAACUUAAGGCUAGUUCUUUGAAUGAAAACUCCAGUGUCUGUCCGCCAAAUGCCACUAUUUGCAGUGGCACAUCUUGCGUGUUACCUGAGGACAAUUUUAACAAAAUUUUGAAUACAGUACUGAGUACUGUUCUAACAAUCAUGCUGGCUAUGGUGAUGUUCUCCAUGGGCUGUAAUGUGGAACUCAAAAAUUUUUUGAAUCAUGUGAAAAGACCCUGGGGCAUUUUUGUGGGUUUCCUUUGCCAGUUUGGAAUUAUGCCUCUCACAGGCUUCGUGCUGUCAUUGGCCUUUGAUGUGCUUCCUAUUCAAGCGGUUGUGGUGCUGAUCAUGGGAUGCUGCCCAGGUGGAACAGCUUCCAACAUUAUUGCCUACUGGGUGGAUGGUGACAUGGACCUAAGCAUCAGCAUGACAACUUGCUCCACUCUGCUUGCGAUGGGGAUGAUGCCACUUUGUCUCUUUCUUUAUACCAAGAUGUGGACAGCCGCGGACUCAAUCGUACUGCCYUACGACAGCAUUGGAAUUUCACUGGUAGCUCUUGUAGUUCCUGUCUCAUUUGGGAUGUAUGUUAACCACAGAUGGCCUCACAAAGCAAAACUCAUACUUAAGGUUGGUUCCAUUGCUGGAGCAAUUCUCAUUGUGCUCAUAGCUGUGGUUGCAGGAAUACUGUACAAAGGCUCCUGGAUUAUCUCUCCUAAAUUAUGGAUCAUUGGUACCAUAUUUCCAGCAGCUGGAUAUUCUCUGGGGUUCAUUCUGGCUCGCAUAGCCGGUCUGGCUUGGCACAGAUGUCGAACGGUGGCUCUGGAAACAGGCAUGCAGAACACUCAGCUGUGUACGACCAUCGUACAGCUCUCCUUCACUCCUGAACAGCUUGAGCUGAUGUUUACUUUCCCUCUCAUCUACAGUAUUUUCCAGCUGUUGUUUGCACUAAUAAUUCUAGCAAGCUAUCGUAUUUAUAUAAGGUGCAAGGGCAAAACGAAGACAGAUGACGUGAUCACAGAAGAAGAAACCAAAUCAAAAUCGUUAUCAUCGCAUGCUACAACAAAUGGAGGAUUUGUAUCAAACGAGACCAAAUAG